AAUCUAGCGAUGAUUAACUCGAAAUUAUCAUCAAUUAUGUAUCAAUAUUAAAUUCUUGUUAUAAAAAAUAAAUAAAUAAAUUGAACAAAAAAAAUAUUACGGUAUUAUGGCCAGUCUAAAGAAAGGCACUUUGGCGCGGUGGGAGAGCCGACUCCCAUGAGAACCAAACCACCAAUUGUUCGAAAGGAAUGAGGUAUUUGUUCAUUCUGCGAUCCUUAAAUUUAGCUUCUGCCAAGAAUCUUCUUCCCUUUCAUGUAUCUAAGUUCCAACCUUUUCGAUUUUCGGUUUACUCCAAGUCUUUUAACCUUCAUACUUCCGAGAAAACUGCCCUAACCCACACGAAAAAACAGAUAGAAAACAAAAGUUUUGCUUCGCUUUUUAGUGAAAUAGCUGAGAUUUUAGGCACUGAGAGCCUUAAUUCAGAUAAAACUUCCUCUGGGUUUCCAGUAUCAGGAGAAAAGCAAAAACCUCUGGAAAAUGGUGAGACAAGGGUAGAAAAUGCAUAUUGUGGACGAGGUGUUUGUGGAAAUGCCGCGGUUGCUGCAGACCAGGGAAAGGAAAAUGUUCCGGCUUUGGGAAGCACCCGGUUUGAAAAUUUGGUUGAUCGUGAUGUUAGUCCAGUGGUUAAUGGGAUUACAGAGAUAAUCCGGGGAGAAAAUGUUGUUGUUCCUAUGGAGGAGCAAUUGGAAAAUUUAGGUUUUGAGUUUGAUUCGGAAGUUGUCGAGAAAGUGUUGAAGAGGUGCUUUAAAGUCCCACAUUUAGCUCUAAGGUUCUACAAUUGGGUGAAGACCAAAAAUGGUUUUUGUCACACAGUUGAAACUUAUAAUACCAUGAUUUACCUUGCUGGAGAAGCAAAGGAGUUUGGCCUGGUUGAAGAGUUGGAGGAGGAGAUGGAAAAGAAUUUAUGUCACAAGGAUCGUAAGACUUGGACCAUUCUUAUUUUGCAUUAUGGAAAGGCAAAAUUGAUCGGAAAAGCGUUGUUGUAUUUUGAGAAGAUGAGGAAAACUGGUUUGGAGCCUGACAUGGUGGUGUACAAACUGAUCUUGCGUUUGCUUUGUAAUGCUGGACGAGCUGACAUUGCCUUGGAGUUCUACAAGGAGAUGGUUCAGAAGGACAUGGAUCUCAGUAUGAGUUUGUAUAAGUUGCUAUUGAAGUCUUUAGCACGGUCUGGAGACAUAGCUUCAGCUCACCUGGUCGCACAAGACAUGAUACAAAAAUUUGAUGGUCGCGAACAUCAGGCUUACACAUGCUUGCUAAAGAGUUUUUGCAUUUCAGGGAGAAUUAGAGAAGCACUGGAAUUGAUUUGUGAUAUGAAACACAAAAAUAUAUCCCUUGACACUGAACAUUUCGAGACCUUGGUGCAGGGACUUUCCAGGUCUGACAGGCUUGCAGAUGCUUUGGAACUUGUUGAUAUAAUGAAGAAAAAAAAUAACGUUGAUGAGAAGAUUUAUGGAAUCAUUAUUAAUGGUUAUUUGAGAAAAAAUGAUUUAUCUAGGGCACUUGAUCUGUUUCAAAGCAUUAAAGAUUCUGGACAUAUACCCACAACAUCCACCUAUACCGAGUUGAUUCAACAUCUCUUUCGGUUAAAUGAGUUUCAAAAAGCCUCUCAGAUAUAUUAUGAAAUGCUAGAAAAAGGAGUCAAGUUAGAUGGUGUGGCAGUGACUGCAAUAGUGGCGGGUCUUAUUCGCCAAAAAUGUAUAUCUGAGGCAUGGGAAGUGCUCAAGGGUACGGAGGCAAAAGGAAUCAGGGUAACUUGCAAAUCUUAUGGUGUAUUAAUCAAAGAGCUCUGUAAAGUUUCGCGGACAGAUGAGAUCAUCAAGGUUCUGAAUAAAAUGCAUGCUUCUAAAAUAAGUAUUGGAGAUAAUAUUUUCUAUUGGGUUAGAUCUUAUUUGGAGAAGAAGGGAGAAAUAGAGGAGGUAGAAACAGUAAUGAAGAUGCAGCGAGCUUCCAAACUUUACCCUCCAGAAGGAAAAACAUGUAACAGUGGUAUCUCCGGUAACCAGGAAUUAAGUACGAAGUUAGACUCCAAUCUAGUAGGGCAACAGAGGGAAAAUUCUCACUUGGUUAAGUCAUUUUCCAAUUCUUACAAUGAUAAUGAUCUGCAAGAAAUUUGUCACAUUCUGUCAUCCUCGGUAGAUUGGCACUUGAUACAGGAGGCUCUGGAAAACUGCACUGUAAAGUUCACUCCUGAGCUUGUUCUGCAAAUUUUGGAUAAUUUCCCUAUGUAUGGUCAUGUUUUAUUACAUUUCUUCUCGUGGGUAUCUAAGCAAGAUGGUUAUAGACACACUACAGAAACUUACAACGCGGCCAUCAAAAUCUCGGGUCAGGGUAAGGAUUUUGGACACAUGAGAAGCCUCUUUUUUGAAAUGAAAAGAAAAGGUUGUACAAUAACAUCAGAUACAUGGACAAUCAUAAUAAUGCAAUAUGGUCGUGCAGGUCUUACGGAAAUUGCUCUCAAAAACUUCAGGGAGAUGAAAGCCUCUGGCUGUAAACCAAAUGGAAGUACGUACAAGUACUUGAUUAUAUCUCUUUGUGGCACGAAAGGUAGAAAGGUAAAUGAAGCCAUCGCGAUUUUCCAGGAGAUGGUUUCUCUGGGAUUUAUUCCUGAUAAAGAAUUAAUUGAAAUUUAUCUUGUGUGUUUAUGUGGGGUUGGGAAUUUGUUGGAUGCAAAAAGGUGUGUCGAGUCCUUAAGUAAAGUUGGUUUCUCCGUUCCACUAACCUAUUCCUUAUAUGUUAGAGCUCUUUGUCGAGUGGGGAGAUUGGAAGAAGCUUUACAGUUGGUUGAUGGAGUCAGUGUGGAGCAAAAUGCCUUGGCUAAGUAUACUUACGGUAGCCUUAUUCAUGGGCUGCUACAGGGGGGGCGUUUGGAAGAGGCAUUGGCUAAGGUGGAAUCAAUGAAGCAGCUUGGCAUCAAUCCAACGGUCCAUGUGUAUACAUCCCUCAUGAUUCAUUUCUUUAAGGAGAAGCAAAUAGGAAAAGCUUUUGAAGUUUUUGAGAAAAUGAAAGAAGAGGGUUGCAAACCUACCAUUGUCACUUACUCAGCCUUGAUACGUGGGUAUGCUAAUUCAGGAGAGCUUGCUGAUGCUUGGAAUAUCUUUCAUCAUAUGAAACUGAAUGGACCAUGCCCUGAUUUUAAAACGUAUUCUAUGUUCAUCACUUGUCUCUGUAGAGUAGGCAAGUCUGAAGAAGCUUUGCAACUGAUAUCUGAAAUGUUGGACUAUGGUAUAAUUCCAAGUACCGUUAAUUUCAGAACGGUCUUUUAUGGGCUGAAUCGAGAAGGCAAACAGAACUUAGCUGACACUGUGUUAAGGAAAAAGUGGGAUCUCACAAAAAGAAGGAAGUUCUCAACAUGAAUUACGUCCAAAUACCAACUGGCAUUUACUUUGCUUCUCCCUCUUUAACAUCAUAUGUAUAAGUUUGUCUUUGUUUGAUUCUGGCUUUCCUCCCUUGAAUUAUAGUUGAUGACUCGACGCUUGCUGGAAACCAUUAGGUUUUCUACUAGAGGAUACCUAGUUAAGAUGCUUUUGCAUUUCUGUGUAAACAUUGGAGGAAAUGUCACACGAAAAAACCUUCAUCAUGCAUGCAGCUGAGUCCUCUCUAAAGCAUGCUAUUAAUGCCAGUUUCCACAAUAUAUGACAGAUUAGCUUGCAAUAUUAAUGCCAAUUUCAGUUCCUUCAAGAAUUUCUUUAACUUA